GUGAUCAGCGGUGUCCAAUGACACGCUGCGAUAAUCAGUGCCCUGAUGAUCGGUGCCCUGAUGAUCGGUGCCCAGCAGUGCCACCCGCAAGUUCCGCCCACCUGUGCCCAGCAGUGCGCCCACUAGCUCCGCCCACCUGUUCCCAGCAGAUCACCCACCUGUGCCCAGCAGUGCACCACCUGUGCCACUCUGCAGUGCCACCCACCUGUGCCCACCCACCUGUGCCCACCCACCAGUGCUGCCCACCAGUGCCACCCACCAGUGCAGCCCAGCAGUGCUACCAGUCAGUGCCGCCAGUCAGUGCCCAGCAGUGAUGCCAGUCAGUGCCGUCUAUCAGUACCCAUCAUCAGUGUCACCUAUCAGUGCCGCCUAUCCGUGACACCUCAUUAGUGCUGUCUAUCAGUGCCGCCUAUCCGUGCCACCUCAUUAGUACUGCCUAUCAGUGCCCUUUAGUGCUGCCUCAUCAACGCACAUCAGUGAAGGAGAAAAAUUACCUGUUUGA